GGUUUUGCAUGUGCUAGUGUCCGUUCCUGUGAAGUCAUUACAAAUCAAAGCUGGCCAGGGGUAAAUGCUCAAUAUAAAACCAAUACAGUAUUGCAAUAUGAUGAAGAUUUUAAUGUUAUUGAGUGGGGUGCUCGGGCUUUGGUUGGCGAAACUCGACAACGUAGAAAUAGGGUAAGAAAAUUGCCACGACCAGUGGAACUUUUUAAACUUCAUUUAGGAAAAGUUCCAGAAAACGAAAAACCAGAAUUGCCACGAGGCCUUUCUCCUGAAAGAGCAAUUGCUGAUUAUCUUGGCAAAAUGGCUGAAGCUGCUGCUAUACACUGUAUGAAAGUACUAAAAGAUCAUGGACUAAAAACUGGAGCAACUUAUCUUGUUGUUGACUGUGGCGGUGGUACCGUGGAUUUAACUGUCCGCAAAUUAUUAUCUAAUAAUCAACUUAGUGAAACUACCGAACGUUCCGGUGAUUUUUGCGGUGGCACUUAUGUAGAUAGAAACUUUAUUGAAUAUCUGAAAAGAUCGGUUGGUGAAUAUGCAAUUUCAUCAUUAAAAGAGAAACAUUAUGGGCAAUUUUACUACGUUAUUCAACAGUUUUGUGAAAGAGUUAAAAUUCCAUUCACUGGUAAUCCCGCUGACUUUAGAACAUUCGAAUUUGACCUUUUAAAAUAUUGUGAUUCUUUAAUACAAUAUCUUAAUAGUGAGACUAAAAAUGAAUUGGAAGAUGAAGAUUGGGUGAUUGAUAUUAAUUAUGAGACUGUUAAAUCAUUCUUUGAUCCAGUUGUUGAUCAAAUUAUUGAUCUAAUUGAUGAUCAGCUUAAAAAAAUCCAUCAAUGUUCAAUAAUAUUUUUAGUUGGAGGUUUUAUAGCUGCUAUAACUCGUGGUGCUGUUGAGUAUGGAUUAGAUACGGAUGCAAUUAAAACUCGUGUACUAAAAUGGACGUAUGGCAUUGAAGUUUCUAAAGAAUUUAAAGAAGGUGAUCCUCCAUCACGUAAAACUUCUAAAG